CGUGACUGAUUCUCGCCGGGUCAUGUGGUCGAGCUGCAUCCUCCGUCAACAACUUGUUCCGCCUGCAAAAUCCCAAACAGGCGAACAUGGCGGAGUCUGAGGAGCGGCGGAGCCUGCUCGGGGACGAGGAAAAGGUGUCCUCCACCGGGGGACACACACCCGGACGCGGAGGACCCGGCAAACCUCUACCGGCCAUCUGCGACCCCAGACACCUCCUGCACCGGGUGGUGGUCCUGGUGUUCAUGUGUUUCCUGGGAUUCGGAAGCUACUUCUGUUAUGACAACCCGGCUGCACUUCAAACUGAAGUCAUGGAGGACCUGAACUUGAACACUUCAAAGUUCAUGCUGCUGUACGCUUGGUACUCUUGGCCCAAUGUGGUUCUCUGCUUCUUUGGUGGAUUCCUGCUUGACAGGGUUUUUGGCAUCAGGCUGGGAACCAUCAUCUUUUCCCUCUUCGUCUGUGUUGGACAGGUAAUAUUUGCUACUGGAGCUUUAGUGAAUCGUUACUGGCUGAUGGAAGUAGGACGUUUCGUAUUUGGCAUCGGAGGAGAGUCCUUGGCCGUGGCCCAGAACACCUACGCAGUCAACUGGUUCAAAGGAAAAGAGCUCAAUCUGGUGUUUGGCCUUCAGCUGAGCAUGGCCCGCCUGGGCAGCACAGUGAACAUGAACAUCAUGGGCUGGAUAUACAGCAAAGUCGCCGCCCAAAUUGGCUCUCCUGGAUACACCAUACUAGGCACCUCACUCAUGAUAGCUGCUGUAACCUGCCUGUUUUCACUAGUCUGUGCUUUGGUGUUGGGAUUCCUUGAUAAAAGAGCAGAGAAGAUUCUCCACAAGGAAGAAGGCAAAACAGGCGAGGUGAUCAAGUUGACAGACGUGAAAGACUUCCCCUUGCCCCUGUGGCUCAUCUUCAUCAUUUGCGUGGCCUACUAUGUCGCCAUUUUCCCAUUUAUUGGACUGGGACAGGUGUUCUUCAUUGAAAAAUUCAACUUCUCCCCAGCUGAAGCCAGAGCUGUCAACAGUAUUGUGUACAUCAUCUCAGCCCCCGCAUCUCCACUUCUGGGCUUCAUGGUCGAUAAGACGGGGAAGAACGUGAUUUGGGUCAUGAUCGCCGUGAUCGCCACACUCGCCGCUCACAUGAUGCUGGCCUUCACCUUCUGGAACCCGUGGAUCGCCAUGUCCCUGAUGGGCUUCUCCUACUCCUUACUGGCCUGUGCGCUGUGGCCCAUGGUGGCCUUUGUGGUACCUGAGCAUCAGCUGGGGACAGCCUACGGCUUCAUGCAGUCGAUCCAGAACCUGGGACUCGCUCUCAUUGCCAUGGCAGCAGGAUCCAUCCUAGACACCAGAGGAUACCUGUUUUUGGAAGUGUUUUUCUGCGUCUGCAUCUGCCUUGCACUGAUGGCAGUGGUGAUGCUGUACUUUGUGGAUCUUCUCCGAGGAGGAGAUUUGAACCGGUCAGCCGCAGCCAGAGCCAAACUCCAGAAAGAAGCCACUUCAGACGCAGAGUGAUGAUUAUGAUGAUGAUGAUGAUGAUGAUGAUGAGGGAACACACGUAGGCCUGGGCUUCAGAGCCAGCAGGCUGCACUGUCCACCCCAGAGCUGUCGAUCAACUGCCACGGGGGGGCUGGACUGCACUACUGACUCCGCCCAGUGCCGUCACCUGUGAAUCUUCCCAUCAGAACUGACUGUCUGGCCACAGCUAUUACAUAAGCAACCAAUAGCUCAUUAUGUCCUUAUUAGGACACUGACAAAUGACAUUUCAGUGCCUCUCUGGCCUCUCAUACUGACUUUAUCUCCUCCAAUAUUCACUGUCCACUGACUUCCAUGUGUGUGUGUGCGCUUGUGGGGCUGUGUGCGUGUGUGUGUGUGUGUGAGAGUGUGUGCGCGUGUGAGGCUGUGCGCGUGUGAAACUUCAAAGUUUUAUCAGUUACUGGAGAAAGUUAAGAUGCUUCGAAAGUGUUUUAAACAUUUUAAAUGUUCGGCAAAAGAGAGACUCAUAUCCUGUGGAAAGGUGCCUAUAUGAUAAAUAGUGCUUGAUUUUAUGACAUGCUACUCACUAUAUAGGAUUCCUAAAUUAAUUCAAUUGUUUUAAAUGUAUAUAGGGGUAACUUUGGGGAUGUUUUUAUAUGUUUCUUUUUACGAAUUGUAUUCAGAAGGACUCUGUUACUUAAGGACUCCGCCUUAUUGCCGACAGACAACUCAGCAGUUCAUUUAUGUACAUAUCGGUUGUCAGCAUUCACAGUAAUUGCCAAACCCCAAAUCCUCCUUACUGGACUUUUCCUUAGCGAGUUCAUAUUCAAUUUUAAUCAUAUGCGCCAUUGACCUUUAAUGGUGCACAAUCUCAAAAAGAGCCUAGCUCUGUAUUGUUUAAAUCUUUUAUCAGUCAAUUCUUUUAUUUUCUUAAUCGCUUUAUCUGCUCUUCACUGGUUUCGGGGGUUCAUAAAGAUUUAUUUUCUGUUGCGUCGUCAAAUGGUACAUUACUAUAAUGAUAAGAAAAAUAGAGAGGCACACUUUGGAAUGCAUUCCCCCCCCCCCCCGCCCCGCGUAAUGGUAUUCACAGUUUCAACUUUUUACAAAGCGUUUUUAUUAAUGUGACCUUUUACAGAAUCAGUUCCACGUAUAAAUUAUGUUUUGUCGACUGUGUUUUGCUCGUUAAUCAAGCUCAGGUAAUUAACUUUGUUGUAAGCGGUGGCCCCCAAAUUGUUGCUUGCUUCAUCUAAACGGUGAGACGAAAUAUGAAUGCACUCUGUUUAACUCUCGCCAUUUCCGGUAAUGUGGAAAGAGAUUUAUCUCCCUGUGUUGUUAUCAGGCUGUGGCUGAUAUACACUCACUACCUCAGUUGGGCAAAUAAGUCAUCAAGGUACUGACAGUAACUUAACACCCCCUGAAAAUGUUGAUUUUUAUGACCUCCUAAAGUUUUUCACUUUGCUGCAGUGAUGUAGAAGUGUUCUCUAGGGCGUGUCCGUACACUGUGACAUCACUGUGUGGCAUGGUUACAGGUGCAAAAGAGCACACUUUCUGACAACACUUAUCUAUAAGUGAUGCUGCGUGUGGUCCAGGGGUGGAAGAACGCCAGUACGAUCCGGUACUACCUACAACUAAAAGAUUCAGUCCUGGUACACAGUACGGGGUAGAGGGGACAGCAGCAGCCGCCUGCCAAAACCCACAUACAACCCGUCACUCACGAUCGCAUUGCCAACAAGAAAACACAUCUGCUAACAUCAGGUCAACAUACAGUUAGUUACCUCUGCCAAGGAGGUUAUGGUUUUGUUUGUCUGUUCGUUUGUACACGCAUUAAGGUCAUUUCAGAUCGGGAGCAACACUCCGCUUGCGUACUCGCUUGAAUCCACGGGGUCUGACUGCGCUCCGUGUGUAAACGCCAGGCGCUGCGUGGCAACCAUGGAAACAGUAUCGGUGCACUACUGUAAAAUAUGUAUCCCUGCCGGUACAGCUGUGUUACUGUAUGUAUCAAAUAUCCCUAAUCACAGCUCGAUUUGUUGACACGUAGCAAUGCUGUUUCACUUUCAUUAACAUUGCGAGAUAGGGCAUUUGUGCUGCAUUCAUGUGGUGUCGGAGUAACUGGAAAUACGGGUUUCCGGACUGGUGAAAUUCACGUGAAUGCCCCGAGUCGGAACAGGCUUUGAAUCAUGCGUUCAGGGAAACAUGAAGCUGGCGAAGUGGGAUGAGAACAAUAUCAAGCGAUGACAGUUGGGGUAGCCUAGUACUACUGGCAAGAACUUCAAUCUACUCUCACCCGUGGUGUGGUCAGAGGUGAAAUGACACUUUGAGAGGAGUAAAACUCUGCUUUUCAAUCUGGUGUUGAGUUCCUCUUUAAAGCCCCAACACGUGUAAGAAGACGGUCAGUCAGUAGCAGGAAAUUAAAAACGUUGUGAUUGCACAUUUAAAUGACCACAGUGACAUGCUGCUUGCUCUCCUCACCUGGCACUCAUUCGCACUGUGGUGUUGUGACAGCAGUUGCUUAACUGAGAAUAUUUGUGUUAAACUACCAAGUGUCAAGUGUUAUUGAGCCGUGAACAAGAAAUUGUAUAAUUGAGAAAUUACAGAAGAUAUAUUGUACAAUUAAAAAGCAAUGAGAUUGGAAGGAAAGUCUUUUUUAUAGAACCAAAUUACAUUUGAUACCAGAUUAUUAAUGGAACAAUGACAUUUAAUUAAACAUUUUUAUUCAUUCAUU